AUGGCUUCCGACGCAGCUACCGAGGCGCGGCAGGCGACCCGCGAGGAGAUGCGCGAUGCCCGGCUCCCGCUCGCAUACAGAGACAGCUGCGCCCACCUCUUGAUUCCGCUCAACAAGUGCCGGAGAGAGACGUGGUAUGCUCCGUGGAAGUGCACGGACGAGCGACACAGCUACGAGAAAUGCCAGUACGUCGAGUUCAAGAAGCGAGUCGCCAAGAUGAACGAGCUGCGGGAGUCAAAAGCGGGUGCGCGGAGCAACUGA